AUGGGGCGGCAGUGGAAUGCGUACGAGGCGUUCCUGUUGGCGAAUGCGUCGCAGAUCGCUGCAUUUGAGUCAUCGCUACGAAAUUUGACGUAUCUGCUGCCCGGACGAUUCAAGGAUUCAGAGCUUGCCGCCGAAGCGAUUUAUGCCGGUAUACAUCUGCUGGGCAUGUACCACGACUCAAUUCUGUUCAAGAUUGUGUAUUCGCGGCGUAAUAAGCAGACGGAUGCGGUGCUCCGCCUGGCUCGGGACGAGUUGCUCGGCGCAGACCCGCCGAAAUUGUCGCUGCAUGCAAAGUAUACAAACUAUUUUGCGACGCAUAGUCGUACCUAUUCUGCGGCAGCGUUUUUCGUGAUGAUUAUUGAGUGCACACAGCUUUUAAUCGAGAUGGUCGCGCGCCGUAGGCUGCCGGAAGAGCGCGCAUGGAACGUGGUCAUCGCGCUGGAGUCCGUCAAAGCGCUCCUGCGUCUCUCCAUGAUCCGCGCGUCGCAGAACAGGCCUACCAUGUCGUCUCCACUUCCUCACCGCGAGCUGGACCCGACUCAGCUGGAGCGCAACGCGAACGAGUCCAAGACCAUGGCGCUCACAUGGCGCGGAGAGCGCACCGGCACGGUGCACCGCGCACUUUCCACGCUUGUCGCAUCGCCGGGUGCCCGCGCAGUGAAAAACGUGGAGCCAGAUACUUAUGAAUAUUUACUCUCGCAUACACUGACCGAGCAGGAUGUGUCGCCUCCUCCGCUACUGGUGCGGCACUUGCAGGCGAACCUGGGCAAGCUGGCGGAAGCCAUGUGGGUGCUGCGCCCCCUUUUGUAUGUGCUUGCACUGCGUCGCUGGGGUAAGCGUGCCAUGACGCCGUUUGCGCUUUCAUUAUGCGUCGAGUUUGCCGCACGAUGGCUCCGCCAGCGCUCCUUCUACGUCGGGGUCAAGGAUACCGACGCCACGUUCGUCCCGCCCAUGUCGUCUGUCUCGCUCAUGCUCAGCAUGCUUGGCAUCGAGAACUCUUUUUUGGACUGGCUUGCAGGCUCUCUUUCCCGUACGGACCCGCGCAAUGCCCUCGCAAAGCCAAUCAGUCCCGUGGAGGCCGACGAAUGGUCCGCGCGCGAUCGCAGUUUCUGGUGGUACCUCUUGCGCGGCCCUGUCUGGUACAACUACACGCGCCCGAAAAUUGAGGGGGUUGUGAAGCGCACCGAAAACCGGUGGAUUAUCGGGAUCUUGGGGGGAGUUGCGCGCGACUACUUGCCCUUGGUGGAUCAGUACUACUACUACACGUCGAACUAG